AUGGAGGCGAUGGCCAGUCAGAUGGGAACGGGGAGAGACUCAAGCUCCUCCCCGCAUUCAAAGCAAGAGCUGCAGCCUUACUCGGGCUCCAAUCCCCUCAAGCCCAACCAAGUGGGUGAGACCUCCCUGUACGGCGUGCCCAUCGUGUCCCUGGUCAUCGACGGGCAGGAGCGCCUGUGCCUGGCGCAGAUCUCCAACACCCUGCUCAAGAACUACAGCUACAAUGAGAUCCACAACCGGCGGGUGGCGCUGGGCAUCACCUGCGUGCAGUGCACCCCGGUGCAGUUGGAGAUCCUGCGGCGGGCCGGGGCCAUGCCCAUCUCGUCCCGGCGCUGCGGCAUGAUCACCAAGCGGGAGGCGGAGCGGCUCUGCAAGUCCUUCCUGGGCGAGCACAAGCCGCCCAAGCUGCCGGAGAACUUCGCCUUCGACGUGGUCCACGAGUGCGCCUGGGGCUCGCGGGGCAGCUUCAUCCCGGCCCGCUACAACAGCUCCCGGGCCAAGUGCAUCAAGUGCGGCUACUGCAGCAUGUACUUCUCGCCCAACAAGUUCAUCUUCCACUCCCACCGCACGCCGGACUCCAAGUACACGCAGCCCGACGCCGCCAACUUCAACUCCUGGCGCCGCCACCUCAAGCUGAGCGACAAGACGGCCACGGACGAGCUGGGCCACGCCUGGGAGGAUGUCAAGGCCAUGUUCAACGGCGGCACCCGCAAGCGGACCUUCUCCCUGCACGGGGCGGCCGCCGCCGGCGCCUCCUCGGCCGCCAAGGCCGCCCUGCACCCGCCGCCGCCCGGCGGAGCCGAGCUGGCCCCGGUGCACAAGAGCCUGCGCUGCAGCGGCGAGGAGGCGCCCGGGGAGCGCGGCGCGCUGAGCUUGGCCGGGGCGGCCGGGGCGCACGGCGGGGCCGGCGCGGGGCGCAGCUACCCGGUCAUCCCGGUGCCCAGCAAAGGCUUCGGCAUGCUGCAGAAGCUGCCCCCGCCGCUCUUCCCGCACCCCUACGGCUUCCCGGCCGCCGCCUUCGGGCUCUGCCCCAAGAAGCAGGACGACGCGCUGGGCGGAGCCGAGCCCGGCAAAGGGGGCGCCCUGCCGCCGGGCAUGUUCUGGGGCCACCCGCACCCCCACCCGCACCAACCCCAGCCGCCGCCGCACCAGGGCGGCGCCGGCAAGGACAGCGGCGUCUACCCGCCCUUCCCCAUGUUCUGGCCGGCCGCCGGCAGCCUGCCCGUGCCGCCCUACCCGGCCCAGAGCCAGGCCAAAGCGGCCGCCACCGCCGUGGUGGUGGCGGCCGCGGCAGCCGCCGCCGCGGCCGCCGCCGACCCGCCGGGCCUGGGCGGCCGCCACAGCGAGCUGGAGGGCUCGGAGCCGUCGGGGAGCGGGCGCAGCAGCGCCACCCCGCAGGAGGGCUCCGGGGCGGACGGCGAGCGCUGCUCCAGCGCCCUCUCCAGGGCGGCCGCCGAGGAGGAGCGGUCCGGGGACGAGGCGCUGCUGCCCCCGCUGCCCCUGCCCAGGAAGGGCAGCUACCUGUCCGCCUUCCGCCCCGUGGUGAAGGACGCGGAGAGCAUCGCCAAGCUGUACGGCACCCGGGAGGCCUACGGUGGGGCGGGCCGGAGCGCGGCCGGCUACCUGUCCCCGGACUUCCUCAGCGAGGGCAGCUCCAGCUACCGCUCCCUCUCGCCCGGCGCCGACACGGCCGACGAGCCCGAGGUGGACGUGGAGUCCAACCGUUUCCCCGAGGACGAGGAGGAGGAGGAGGCGGCGGUCGUCGAGGAGGCGGAGGAGCCGCCGCCUCUGGCCGAGGAGAAGGCCGGGGAGCAGGGGCCGGAGGAAGCGAACCGGCCGCCGCCCGAGGGGAGCCCGCAGAGGAGCUGCAGCAGAGGCGGCUACGAGGUCUACACCCAGGAAAGAGAAGACCAUCUGCAGGCUCUGAGCAACGCUGCUUCACUGGGGCCUGCAACCACUUAUCUUUGCAACCCCGAGGCAAAUGAGCAAGAUAAGGACGACAAUCACUCGACAGCAGAGGAUUUAGAGACCAGCAAAUCCUAUCAAGACCAAAGGAAUGUCUCGCAUCCAAGCCCUGUAAAUACCGACAGAGGUGAGGAAGGUCUCAGCAUUGACUUUAUGGGGACCCAACUAGUUGAAAAAGACAUUGAAAAUCUGGCAAGAGACGAAUUGCAAAAACUGCUCCUGGAGCAAGUGGAGCUUAGGAAGAAAUUAGAACGGGAAUUCCAAAGUCUGAAAGAUAAUUUUCAGGAUCAGAUGAAGAGGGAGCUGGCGUACAGGGAAGAAAUGGUCCAACAGCUACAAAUCGUCAGAGAUACCUUGUGUAACGAACUGGACCAGGAGAGGAAAGCUCGCUACGCCAUCCAGCAGAAGUUGAAAGAGGCCCACGACGCGCUCCACCACUUCUCCUGCAAAAUGCUCACGCCUCGCCACUGCACGGGGAACUGCUCCUUCAAGCCGCCCCUGCUGCCCCAAUGA